UCACAUGGCAGAGGGAGGGUACCUCUGCAGGCACCACGUCACGACUGAUCUCGAGCCACUGCGCUGCCAAAAUGCAAAUAAACAAUUAUUUAGAAUAUCUGAUAGCUAAGUAUUUUUGUACCUGUUGAUUUUUGUGUUAUAUGAAAGCAACCUAGAAGAUCUGGAACGAAGCCAUUUGGACUUCUAAAGCCAGAAACAACUUCUAAAAGCCAGGCUUUUGUGACAGCUGUCAUCGCAGUUGGUUUCAUUAUCAGGAUACAACUGUUGAUAAGACUGAGGCGGAUGUAAGUGUGGCAUGAUCUGCUUGCUGUAAUGCGAUCCGAGAAAUGACCUAUAUCAUGCAGGUUUGCUUGUCAUGUUGCUCUCUAGUCUGCCAGGGCAGUAGAGGGUCAGGGGGAGUGUCAUGUUGAAGCUCCUCUUCUACAUACUGCUGGUGUUGACCUGUCUUCACCCUUCACCUCACCUCCCUCCCCACAUAAGCUAACUCCAGCUGCUCUCAGUCUCCACCCUCUUCCACCACUUGGCCAGGAGAAAGGUCCUUGGUCCUCGUGGAAAAUGUCCUAUGCAUAUCAGAACCUGUUCAGCUGGAGUCGACCUCGAUUGACACAGCCACAUCUCCUCUUCCUAUCACUGAGCUUCUUGUGCCGCUUAGUUGCUCCCACAGGUGUAUCUGCUGAGAUCUGCAGGGUGACGGGGGGAGUGUUGGGGAUCCACUGGAGCAGCGUGGUCGAUUUAGGCUGGCGACCCCUGGCCGUGGGGAGGGGCAGCGCCAGCUGCUGGGAAUCCUGCUGCGUUGAGCCAGCCUGCAGCGCCGUCUGGAGCCUGGGGGGGCACUGUGUGCUGCUGAACUGCUCAAACAGAGGAGUCUGUGAAGUCACAUCUCUCCCCCAGCCCCACGUUGAGUCCCUGGGGCUCCUGCAGCUAUUUUCAAAGGGCACCACCACAGCUUGGAGGAGAAGGCUCAGGCGGGCACAAACAGGAAAGGGAAGUGAGGCCGUAAGCCAGAAACAUGGGUCGGACCACCAACAUUCUAGCGCUGGAGUUUCCAAGGAUGCAGAGCGUCCGGCUCCAACAGUCGGCGGCACCGGCGGAGUAGCUUUCCCUCAAACAUCGGAUAAGAAUCACAGCCGGCUAACUAAUGGAAGUGGAGAAGCGCCAUCACCCUCACAGCAGAACUCUAAAUCAGAGGACACCAUAGACCCAGCGUCUUCCAACAGCAGCUCUGUGCUUCCCGCUACUGCGCCUAGAAUCACUACAUCACCAACCCAGGCUGUCCGGGAAUUGGUGGUGUCGGCAGGCGAGAGUGUGGAGGUCACGCUGCCGCUCAACGAGGUGGAACUCAAUGCCUUUGUGGUGCCAGCGCCCCAGCCAGGGACCGACUAUGCACUUGACUGGCUCUUGAGAACUCAUCCCAAAGACUACAGUGGCGAGAUGGAGGGGAAACACAGCAAGACACUCAAACUCAGCAAGCUGACGGUGGGACUGUAUGAGUUUGAGGUGACGGUGGACGGUGACGGAGCACACGGAGAGGGCUUUGUCAACGUAACAGUCAAACCAGAGCUACGGGUAAACAAGCUCCCAGUCGCUGUGGUUUCCCCAAAGUUCCAGGAGAUAUCCUUGCCAACCAGCUCCACCGUGAUCGACGGCAGCCAGAGCACAGACGAUGACAAGGUGGUGGCGUGGCACUGGGAGGAGGUGAAGGGCCCGCUGAGGGAGGAGAAGGUCUCUGCAGACACCCAAAUCCUCACCCUCACCGGCCUUGUCCCAGGGAACUACACAUUCAGGCACUGUUACUUUGUCUUCUCAAUGGGCAUGCAUCAUCUUGUAUAUUCUCUACAUAUCGCUUUAUAUCUCUUGAGUCUGACUGUUACGGACUCGGACGGGGCCCAGAGCUCCACCCAGGCCACGCUGUCGGUCAACAAGGCCGUGGACUACCGGCCGGUGGCCAACGCCGGGCCCAACCAGGUCAUCACACUACCGCGCAACGCUGUCACACUGCAUGGCAACCAGAGCGCGGACGACCACGAGCCGCUGGCCUACGAGUGGUCGCUCAGCCCCGAGAGCAAGGGCAAGGUGGUGGAGAUGCAGGGCGUUCGGACUCCCGCUCUGCAGCUGUCUGCCAUGCAGGAAGGAGACUACACCUUCCAGCUCACUGUCACAGACACAGCUGGACAACAGGACACGGCACAGGUCACUGUUAUCGUCCAGCCAGAGAACAAUAAGCCCCCAGUAGCAGACGCCGGUCCAGAGAAGGAGCUGACCUUACCUGUGGACCGCACCACUCUGGACGGCAGCAAGAGCACGGACGACCAGACUAUCUCCACCUACCACUGGAAACAGAGCAAGGGUCCGGACGGAGUGAAGAUCGAGAACGCCGAUGGCGCCGUUGCCACGGUGACGGGGCUGCAGGUGGGCGAGUACGAGUUCAGUCUGACCGUGACGGACGAGAGGAAGCUGGCGAGCACCGACACGGUCACGGUCAUUGUCCGAGAGGAGUUAGACCAACCCCCAGUAGCCCAUGUCCAGUCCAGCCCGGCCAUCUCUCUGCCCCUGCGGACUGCAGCCCUGGACGGCUCCCACUCCACAGAUGACAAGGGUGGAGUCGGCUACUUGUGGACCCGUGACGACAGUAGUCCUGCAGCAGGGGAUGUACUGAACAACUCUGACCACCAGGCGGUGCUGUUUCUCACUAACCUGGUGGAGGGAAAGUACAGCUUCACUCUGACUGUGACAGACAGCAAGGGCCAGAGCAGCUCAGACAGAGGGACUGUAGAGGUCAAACCGGACGUGUGGCAGCGUGACCUGGUGGAGCUGGUGCUGGAGGUGUCUGUGUCCCAGGUGUCCCACCGCCAGAGAGACAUGCUGCUCAGACAGGUGGGCGUGCUGCUGGGCGUGCUCGACAGUGACAUCACCGUACGGGAAGUCAGCGCCUUCAACGAGCACAGUACUCGGCUGGUGUUCUUGGUGUCUGGGGGUCCGGGUCGCCCCCCUCUGUCCGGUCACAGUGUGGCUCUGGGGCUGCGCAACAAGCUACGCAAACAGAAGAACGACUUCCUCAUCUUCAAGGCACGGCGGGUGGACACAGUCAUCUGCCAGCUGAACUGCUCUAGUCACGGGGAUUGCGACUCAUUCACGCGGACCUGCAUCUGCCACUCCUUCUGGAUGGAGAAUUUCAUCAAAGGACAGCUGUGGGACCAAGAGAGCAACUGUGAAUGGAGUGUGCUGUAUGUGACCAUAGCAUCCUUCAUGAUCGUGGUUGCCGUCGCGACCGUUGUCUGGGGAAUGGUGUGUUGUUGCCGCGGGCGUAAGGGUAAAAUGCGCCACAAGAGCAAAAGCCGCUAUAAGAUGCUUAAUGGCGAAGAGCAGGACGGCCUGGAGCUACACCCACCCCGAGCUGGCCGAAUGAAGCCGGCCCCCGCCCCCUCGUCCUCAGCCCUCAUGCGCUCUGACUCGGACUUGGACAGUGACGACGGCCAGGGAGGCGUCCCAUGGACAGACAGGGAACGAGGACACCUCCUCCGACCUCACAACGGCACCCUGGAAAACGGCCAGGGCCCCACCAGGAGCAAAAAGCAAAGAGAGGAGCUGCUAUAGCAACAGAGGGUGGUGGAACACCCCUCCCCACCCCUAAACCCUCCCCACCCACUCUCUUUUGCUCUUCUCCACCAUACAAACCGUACACCUCUCCACCCAUAGGACACUCAAGACAUAUGGGUCCUGGAGAAUGAGAGAGAACCCUGUUGGGCACGGGGUCAAGCCUCCCACCCACACACCCCCGUAUUUAAACUUCCCUGCGCCCACACUGAGCCAAGAUUAAGGAAAUUAGGUUUAACCUUUGAGAAAUACAGACCAUUUAAAGGAAAAAUGUGUGUGUGGGGGGGGGGGGGGGGGUGAUAGGGUAACGAAUGGUCAGAAUGUCAAGUUGAGUGCUGAGAAUGUACCCCCUCCAGGAGAAAACGGAAGACUGCUAGUGAAGACUUGCCUGCAUGUUCCUACUCUACUCUGACAGAUUACAAUAUGGUUGACAAGUGACUUGUCUCGAUGAAAACAAAUCUAGAUAUCUGUCCAUGAGAGCACAGUUGCAGUUGUGGUAUGUAUUAAUGUUUGAAUGGUGGUUAGGUCUGCAUGAGUUAUCCAUGUUGUGUGUGCCUGAAUGUGUCUAAAAAUCGAAAUAUGUGCGCUUUUGGUAAUUGUGCCAAAACGUCGUUUCAGAAAAGCGUUGUGUGUUUGACACUUAACCAGCAUUGAGAGUCGAAACUGCUUUUGUUUCUGUCAGCCAUGCUGGUCAGAGUCAGAGGAUCCUGGGAAAUGCUGUUUUUCGAGAGCCAUGCCUCAUACUGUAGGAACUCACUGGAUGACACACUGGAGUACACAACAUUGACGCCUCCACCCCUAUUACUGUGUCCCUGGGAGAUGAUGAUGAAGACACCAAUGACACAUGGGGAAGAAAGGGGCAAUGCUUCCUACUCACCUCAGAUACUAACGACUGUUCGAACCUGGAAGACCACUUAACGUCUGUUUUUAAGAUUUAUUUUGGCUGACCAUUUUGAUCCUGACACUUUUUCACGCUCACCGUGGCUAUGUCUGUCUGCAUCUCCACUGCUCUCACAGGCUGCUAACUGAACAAGUGCUGAUCCACACAUAUUGAUCAGAUUAGCAAUUCAUUCAGUUCAGCCGUAGAUACAGAGCGGUGGGAUUCUCCAUUGCCCGACAUGUACCUCCUCCAAACUUGAGUGGUGUUGUCACUUUGCAUGAAGAUUACUGUGAACCUGACCCUUCAGUCUUACUUUAGAGAUACUAUUUUGGUUGUUGAAUGUUUAAGAGGAAAGCCCCCGAUCUAAUCGGAGGAACUCUCUGUGAAAUAAGCAAUCGUUUUUUUACUAAACCUUUCUCAGUGCAAAGUCAUCUCAUGCUAUUCCUCCAAUGCGCUAGUCGAGCACAUUUUUAUGAAAGAUUGGCAGCAUUCUGGGAGUCCACUGUGGCGGCAGAGAGGGAGCAGCCACAAAAUUAAGGGAUUCUGUGUUCAUUUAAUUGUUAAAUAACAAUCCUUUUAGUGAAGUAUUCUCCUCACUAUGUGACCAGACCUUAUGAAACUGGAUUAUCUGUAAAUUAAAAUCAAAUAUGUUUUACUUUGUCCA